CGAGGACGCGCUCGGCGAGGCACCACGAGACGAGGGCUGACAAGAUGGCGGUCAUUUCGGAGUCAGAUGAGUAGCGCCGAGCCCCGUGAAGGAGAGAUAAAACCAUGCCUUGGGAGAGUCCCAUUUCUCAUCUCGCCAUGAUCAUCAUGGUGAUCUGAAGCCAGAUUGAAACUCUGACAUACAGUACACGCAUAGAGGCAGUCACUCAUUGACAGACACAGCAAGCCAGCGAGGCAGACAGGCGUGUGUAAUGGACAGAUGUAAGCAUGUGGGGCGGCUGCGGCUAGCCCCAGACCACUCCAUCCUCAACCCCCAGAAAUGGCAUUGUGUAGACUGCAACACCACAGAGUCCAUAUGGGCCUGUCUAGGCUGCGCACAUGUGGCAUGCGGACGUUAUAUCGAAGAGCACGCUCUGCAGCACUUCAAACAGCAGCGCCACCCACUGGCUAUGGAGGUUAAUGAACUUUAUGUUUUCUGCUACUUGUGUGACGACUAUGUGCUGAAUGACAAUGCCACCGGCGACCUCAAAUUGCUUCGGAGCACGCUCAGUGCCAUUCAGAGCCAACGUUACGAGGUCACCACGCGUAGUGGGCGCACUCUCCGCUCCGCCAGCACGGCUUCCGAUUCCGUCAUGCCUUCUGGUGCCCGUGAGCUGCAGCUGAGGGACGAGGACCGGAUGUUCACUGCCCUCUGGCACCGCCGCAGAGCACUUAUGAGCCGUGUGUUCCGCUUUUGGUUUGGACUGACGGAGGGAGGAAAGAAGAGGGAGGAGGAGGAGAGAAAGAGGGAAGAGGAAGAAGAGCGUAGAAGGGAGGUGAGGGAGAGACGGCGCAUAUUGAAGAGGCAGUGGCAGGAGGAGCUUGAGAGUGCAGCUCCCAGGAAGAGUCGCCGCUUGCGCAGGCGAAACAAAAAGCCUGCAGACACUGUGGUUGUUAUUCCAUCCCCACGCAGGACUCGCAACAAGGCUAGCAGCUCUUUGACCCCCCCUGUCACCCGCAAACCCAGGACUCAAAGCCUUGCCACUACCACCCCUAAGAAGGUGGGUAGACCCAAAAAGGUGAAACCCAAUCCCAAGACACCUUGCACCCCUUCAUCCAACACCAAAUCCAAACCCCGAGCCUCCUUAGUGCCCACCCAUUCCGCCCCUGCUCCUGUCUCCCGCAAGCAAGGCACUAAACAAGGUGGCUCACCCUUCAAACGACGCCCCACAGUCACUCCCGGAGUGACAGGCCUGAGGAAUUUGGGCAACACAUGUUAUAUGAACUCUAUUCUACAGGUGCUCAGCCACCUACAUGUCUUCAGGGAGUGCUUUUUGCAGCUGGACCUGACCCAGGCACUGGAGCUAUUGGCAUCUGCUGUCCAUGGCCAGUUGGCAGGGAAAGCUUCUUCCCAGUCAACCCUGGCCCAGCGAAAGGGCCUCCAGGUGAGCUCAGGUUCUGGGACAGGAUUGAGUGGUGGGGCCUCACGUGGACGCAACAUGGAGCUGAUUCAGCCCAAAGAACCCAGCUCUAAGCACAUAUCCCUCUGCCAUGAGCUACACACCCUUUUUCAGGUGAUGUGGUCAGGUAAGUGGGCGCUGGUUUCGCCUUUUGCCAUGCUCCACUCAGUAUGGCAGUUGAUCCCAGCGUUCCGGGGCUAUGCGCAGCAGGAUGCUCAGGAAUUCCUUUGUGAACUGUUGGACAAGGUGCAGCAUGAGCUGGAGAGCACUGGCAAGCACACACCCACAGCAAACGUGCCACAGACACAGAAAAGGCUCAUCAAGCAGGUCCUCAAUGUGGUCAACACCAUCUUCCACGGCCAGCUUCUCAGCCAGGUGACAUGCCUGGCCUGUGACUAUCACUCUAAUACCGUGGAGCCUUUCUGGGACCUGUCUCUUGAGUUUCCUGAGCGUUACCAUAGUAACAACAGGGAAUCAGCCGCGCAGGUGUCAUGCCGACUGACGGAGAUGCUGGCUAAGUUCACGGAGACAGAAGCACUGGAGGGGAAUAUUUAUGCAUGCGACCAGUGCAACACUAAGCGGCGGCGGCUCUCCUCCAAGCCAGUCAUCCUGACUGAAGCACAAAAACAGCUAAUGAUCCACAAACUGCCUCAGGUCCUUCGUCUGCACCUCAAACGGUUCAGGUGGUCUGGACGGCACCACCGGGAGAAGAUUGGAGUCCAUGUUAGCUUUGACCAGCUUCUCGACAUGGAGCCCUACUGUUGUCUAGACCCCACCCCUAAAGGGGCAGCCUGUUCCAGCCCCAGCAGCCCCAGCUCUACAGGCUUGCCACGGCCCAAACAUUUCCUCUAUGAGCUCUCUGCUGUUGUGAUGCAUCAUGGGAAGGGCUUUGGCUCUGGCCACUACACUGCUUACUGCUACAACACUGAAGGGGGCUUCUGGGUUCACUGUAAUGACUCUAAGCUGAAUGUGUGUUCUGUGGAGGAGGUGUGCCGUGCCCAGGCCUAUAUUCUCUUUUACACACAACGUGUCACUCAGGACAAAGACAGGCUGCUAUAGGACCAUAAUCUACUAGCCUGCCUCUAGACCACCCAGUGACAUCAGCACAGCCCCAUCAAUCACUCGCUCUCCUCUUUUUAUGGGCAUUUGAUAUCGUGGCGGGAUGGGUCCUUUAUAUUUUCUAGAAAAAGACUUUUUAAAACAUUAUUUUUGUGAACCUGUUGCAUAUGGUGUUGAUAUGUUGGUGUUUUUUAAAUCAGUAAAAUUAAAAUCGUAUUUGUUUAGAUAAUGUACAGCUGUAUUUUAUAAAGAGAGUAUCAGCAAGGUGUGUCUCAGUAACAGCCAACAGACUUUGGCUAGGUGUGACUAUGUACAAGUACACUGAUGAGCCAAAAACAUUAUGACCACUUGCCUAAUAUGCUGUUGGUCCUCAUGUGCUGCCAAAACAGCGUUGACCCGCUGAGGCAUGGACUCUGUAAGACCCCUGAAGGUGUCCCGUGGUAUAUGGCACCAAAACGAUAGCAGCAGAUCCUUCAAGCCCUGUAAGUUACGAAGUGAAGCUGCUGUGGAUCGGAGUUGUCGGUCCAGCACAUCCCACAGAUCCUCAAUCGGACUGAGAUCUGGAGAAUUUGGAGGCCAGGGCAACACCUUGAACACCUUCAUCGUAUGUUCCUCAAACCGUUGAACAGUGUGUGCAGGGUGACAGGGUACAUUAUCCUGCUGAAAGAGGCCACUGUCAUCAGGGAAUACCAUUGCCAUGAAGGGGUGUACCUGGUCUGCCACAAAGUUUAGGCAGGUGGCACGUAUCAAAUUGACGUCCACACAAAUGGCCAGACCUUGGGUUACCCAGCAGAACAUUGCCCAGAGCAUCGCACUCCCUCCACCGACUUGUCGUCUUCCAACAGUGCAUCCUAGUGCC